UGUGGGACCAGGAAUUAUAUAAAAAAUAUUUUUUGCAAAAACGAAAGCAUUUAUAAAAAGUUGAACAGCAUUGUAUAUCUUCUAAAUUUUUAUUAUUACUAAUAAUGUCUGUAAAUACAGUUCAGGCAAACGGUGGAAGAUUAACUUUACAGGGAGAUUAUGUUGUCUACCACCAAGAUGGAGUCGAUUUUAGCCUUGAAGGUGAUAGGAUUCCAUCAAACCUCAUCGGAAACUACACAGGAGACAUGUUUAUUACAAAUCUAAAGCUUAUCUUUGUGAAUAGUUCUUCUGCCAAAGGAUACCAGACAUUUUCAAUGGAUUUUCAAGGAAUCAGAAAUGUCGAGGUAAAGCAGCCAAUAUUUGGAGCAAACUUCCUAAAAGGAUUUGUUAAAUCUGAACCAAACGGAGGUUGGGAAGGAAAUGCUAAUUUCAAAAUUGUAUUCCCAAAAGGUGGUGCUAUUGAAUUUGCUGACCAAUUUCAAAGAGCAGUCAAUCAAUCAUCUCGUUAUCGUCAGAGUGGUAUGGCACCACCUCCACCUCAACCUGCAUUUGUUCCUCAGCCAGGUUACUACCAACCUGCAGGAUAUUAUGCUCAACCUGGCUUUUAUCCUCAAGAUCCAAUGCAAAAUGGGGCAUAUUAUCCUCCCCAGGGUUAUGGGUAUCCAGCACCUCCUCAAGGUCAGCCUAUGUAUGCUCCAACGCCACAAGCUCCACCACCAUAUCCAUAUAAUAAUCAAGCUCAAGCUGUUUAUUCAACAAAUCCAAAAGCUCAAGAAGCUUAUAUGAGUGGUAACAAUGUUUAUGUUCCAAAUGAAGCUCCCCCUCCAUACAAUCCAAAUUAUGAUGUAAAAAAAGAUCAAUAAGCGAAAACAAUUGGAAAACGUACAACUUAAUCUUAAUAAAGUUCUGCAUUUUCAAAAUCAAUUUUAACUUGAAAUUUGAACGAAGUCGGUGAAGACGAAAAUUUUCAAAGUAACCGUUCACUUUAGUGUACCUGUUUCGAAUGUGUUUAUAUUAUUUUAUUUUUCUUUAAUUUUUUUAAACCAUAAAACCUUUGACUUCAAAAAAUAUAACAAUAUUGUAAACAAUACUGUUUUUGAAAUUAAUUUACUGUUAUUGUUUAUUAUUCUGUAUAUUACUCUAUACAAAUAUUAAAAAGUUAUUUCUCGAAGUUUCGUUAUAAAUAACGUGUAGCUUUAUUUUAUAUUUAUAACGUUUAUAUUGGAGAAAACGAUACGUUAAAAUCA